CCAGCGCUGAACAGCAUCCAGGCGCAGAGCGUCAACCAGAAGGUGCUCCCGCCCGAUUCAAAGGACCUGCGCUCCGUCAUCGCUGCCGCGGAUCGCGUGAUCUCCGAGUUCGACGCCAUCACCGACAAUCGCAACGAUUCUGCCUCCGCCGUGCGCGUGGACGCCGAGCCCACGCUCAAGUUCGCCACCGACUCCGUCGACCUGGUGCCGAUCAACAUUCAGGACCGCCACGGCGACCUGCUGCAUUUCGUGUCUGACGGCGCGCUGGACAUGAUCGAAAUGCUGGACCAGGCAGAACGCAAGUCGCUGGAGAAGAGCAGAAUCGAGGAUGCACUUGAAGGGCGGUUUGUUCCUUACUUCCAAUGCCCCGACAGAGCAGAACCGAGGAUGCGCUUGAACGGCUUUGUUCUUCACCUGCAGCCUCCACGGAGCAGAACCGCGGAUGCUCUUCACGUUGCUGGGCUCCCGCCCGACCUGAAGAACCUGCACUCCAUCAUCGCUGCCGCCUCCAGCGCGAUCUCCGAGUUCGACGCCGUCACUGCCCAGCGCAGGGGCUCGGCCAGCACCGAGCCUGUGAUCGCCGAGCCCGCGCUCACACUCGCCACCGACCCCGUCGACCUGAUGCCGAUCAGCACCCCGACCCUCUGCGACAAUAUGAUCUUCGACUGCCUGAGUUACUUCCUGCAGGACGGCUGA